AUGUCGCCACAAACGACAAUCGUUUUGCUUCUUCAGGGGCUCUCUCUGUUCUCACUCGUCCUAGCUUCGGACCCCGACCCGGUCCAAGACUUCUGCAUCCCCAACCCGACUCCCACAUCUCCAACCACACCCAAACACGUCACCGCAGCAACAACAAUUCACCCUUGCAAGGACGCGGCGGAGGCCACCGCCGGCGACUUCGUGUUCUCCGGUAUGAAAACCCCCGGCAACUUCUCCGAAACAGGGUUCGCAUCCAUACCCGUCAACCCGACCACCUUCCCGGGUCUCAACACCAUGGGGAUGUCCUUCGUCCGGGCCGAUUUCAAACCCGGAGCGAUCAACCCGCCCCAUUUCCACCCGCGAGCCACCGAGAUCGCCCACGUGGUGGAAGGCAGGCUCUACGCCGGCUUCGUGGAUUCCAACAACAAGGUGUUCGCCAGGGUGCUGGAGAAGGGCGAAGUGAUGGUGUUCCCCAGGGGUUUGAUGCAUUUUCAGAUGAACGUCGGCGAAGUCCCCGCCACGAUUUUCGGGAGCUUCAAUAGUCAGAAUCCGGGGAGCCAGCGGAUCCCGGCGGCGGUGUUCGGGUCCGGGAUUGAUAAUUCGCUGUUGGAGAAGGCUUUCGGGUUGAGUAGCAAGGAGAUUGUUAUGAUGAGAAGGAAGUUUGAUCCUAAAGCUACUGUUAAGCCUUAG